CCUUAAACAGGAUCCUGCUAAGACUGUUUUUAGAAGGAGGACUUUCUUUCAUUUCAUCUGACCAAGACUUCAAUAUGGCUUAUUUUGUACACCUGAAACUAAUAUGCAAUUGGGCAUGGCAUGCUGUGGCGUGAGGGCCUUAAUGACAGCUGUUAUUACAGGUCACUGACUGCACAGUAGACCUUUUUUCAAUGCCUUGGGAUUCAUAUAAGACACUCUGAGAUCUGUGCUACCUGGUGGCAAUGGGGACCUUUGUUUUGCUUGAAGUCAAGACGGAGAGAGGAGUCCUCUGCAUGCUUCUGCUCCUCUUCCUCUGCUGCUUUGGAGGGAAAUGUGAGCUCCAGGAACCAAAACCCUCAGACCCGACCAACUUCGCCGGGGUCCAACCUUUCCACCAUGAGCUCGAUGGGCCCCAGGCUUACCCCGAAGAGGAGAGGGGUCGCCUUCCUGUGUUCACCAUGGACUAUCCUCGGAUCCAGGUCCCCUUUGAGUUUACACUGUGGGUGCUGCUGGCCUCUUUUGCCAAAAUUGGUUUCCACAUUUACCAUAAAAUCACCAUCUGGAUCCCGGAGUCCUGCCUCCUGAUCAGCGUCGGCCUCAUCGUCGGCGCCAUCAUGCACUCAGUCAAAGAGGAACCCCCUGCCGUCCUCAAUUCUCAUGUCUUCUUCCUCUACAUGCUCCCGCCCAUCGUCCUCGACAACGGCUACUUCAUGCCAACGAGGCCUUUUUUCGAAAACUUUGGCACGGUGCUGUGGUACGCCGUGGUGGGAACCCUGUGGAACAGUGUCGGCAUCGGGCUUUCCCUCUUCGCCAUCUGCCAGUUUGAGGUGUUCGGAGUUCAAGAUAUCAGCCUGCAGGAGAACUUGCUGUUUGCCUCCAUCAUCUCGGCCGUGGACCCCGUGGCUGCUCUGAAUGUGUUCGAGGACAUCGGAGUCAAUGAGCAGUUAUAUAUCGUCAUAUUUGGAGAGGGGCUCUUCAACGAUGGUGUCACUGUGGUGCUUUACAAUAUGUUUUCCUUUCUGGCCGACAUGCCCGUCGUUGAAUCCACUGAUGUGUUUCUGGGAGUGGCCAGGUUCUUCAUUGUGGCGGCCGGAGGCAUGCUCUUUGGCCUUCUGUUUGGAUUUGUUGCUGCGUUCACCACGCGCUUCACCCACAAUGUCCGUCAGAUCGAGCCGCUCUUCGUCUUCAUGUACAGCUACCUGGCGUACCUGGUGGCUGAGUGUUUUGCCAUUUCCAGCGUGUUGGCCAUUAUAACAUGUGCCAUCGCCAUGAAGUACUACGUGGAGGAGAACGUUUCCCAGAGAUCCUGCACCACCAUCCGCCAUGUUGUCAAGAUGCUCGCCACCGUCUCCGAAACCCUCAUCUUCUUCUUCCUUGGUGUCGUGACCAUAACAACUGAGCACGAAUGGAACUGGGCCUACAUCCUGUUCACGCUGCUGUUCGCCUUCAUCUGGAGAGGGAUUGGCAUCCUGGUGCUGACCCAGAUCAUCAACCCGUUCCGGACCAUCCAGUUCAACUUCAAGGACCAGUUUGGUCUCUCCUACGGGGGCCUGCGAGGGGCAAUCUGCUUCGCCCUGGCCUUCACUUUGCCUGAUAACAUCAACAGGAAGAACCUGUUUGUCACAGCAUCAAUUGCCGUUAUUAUAUUCACCGUUUUCUUACAGGGCAUCAGCAUCCGUCCCAUAGUAGAAUAUAUUAACAUCAGGAAAUCCAACAAAGACAUCAACACCAUCAACGAGGAGAUUCACACCAGGGUGAUGGAGCAUGUUCUUUGUGGUAUCGAGGACUUGUGCGGACAGUGGAGCCACUACUACUGGAAAGACAAGUUUAAGAAGUUCAACGACCGUGUGUUGCGCCGCAUCCUGGUCCGAGACAACAGGGCGGAGUCCAGCAUCGUGUCUCUGUACAAGAAACUGGAGCUGCAGAACGCCAUUGGGUUACUGGACACGCCGAUGGGAGACCUCAGCGCGGCGCCAUCUGUCGUUUCUCUGUACGACGAGAGGAAGGAGGCGUCUCGACCCAAGAAGAGCUUCAUGGCUGCUGAUGUGAGGAAGAUGCACGACAUCCUGUCAAAGAACAUGUACAAGAUCAGACAGAAGACAAUGGCUUACACCAACAAAUACAAUCUGCCUGACGACAGCCGAACCAGGGAGAUUCUGAUCCGCCGCCAUGCGAGCAUCAGACGCAGCCUACGUGCUGAAAGCUUCCGUGACACGCCUGCACGAAACAUCCCCAGGUCUCAGAGGUACUACUCUCUCCAGCCUGGAGGGGAUCUGGAGGCCGCCUUCACCCUCAGAAGACGAAGUCACGGCGGAAGUGGCGACGUGGACAAUCUGCCAGCCCAUCUUCAGGCCUCUGGCGUGUCACCGCGCUCUUCAUCCCGCUCUCUAGUCCCCAUGAGGAGGCUGAACACCAUCAACGAGUCACGAAGUCACCACUCGCCACCUCCAGUUUCAGGUCAGGUAGACGGAGAUGAAGACUCUGAGUGUACAGGAGAAAGGGAGGGAGCAGUGCGACCUCCUCGGCUGCCGCCACCUCGUGGCUGGGUACCUGAGAACCAGGAUCCUACGGAAAACGGGGCAGGAAACCCCUUACUUAGAAACCUUCCACAGGACUCUCGGGGCUCAGGGAGAUCAUGACGGACUUUGUCGAAGACGAAGAGCUAGUUUGGAGGAUGAACUGAACAAAGCAUUAUCUUUUCAAAGUGAAAUAUAUCUCAGGGUUUUCUUAGCCAGUGGCAUUAUUGCUUCCUCCUGAAAUCCUUCUCCGAGAACUUUGUACAACAGGAAGUACCGCCCAUUCAAGCUGCAGUUAGAGUUUACAUCCAUGUCUGUCUGGACUCAUAUGACAGUAAGCAAUACGCCCAGUGUGAAUGUUGCUGCAAAGAAGCUACGAAUUCUAAAACACUGAUAGCACAGUUUCAAAGUGGACACCAAGAUCAGAGUCACCAGCUGAGUUAUGAUGGCCAGAAAAGUGUUUUUGCAGAACAUUAUGAUGUCACAGUGAAGCUGACCUUUAACCUUUUGAAUGUAAAAUGCCAUCACUUCGUCAUUUUAGAAAUGUGUGUAAGAUUUUGUCAUUAUCAGUGUGUGUGAAUCCUUGAGUUAUGUCCAAAAAUGUGCGACCUUUGACCACCAAAUUCCAACCAGUUUAUUGUUGAAUCCAAGUGGACGUUUGUGCCAAAUUUGAAGAAAUUCCUUCAAGGUGUUCUUGGGAUAUCUCGUUUACAAGAAUGAGCUGGAUGGAUGGACGAUCAAACAUCAUCUUAAUUUCCGUUUUUUUUUUUUUUUGUA